GGCAGGAACAGAAACCGCAGCUGAGGCAGCAGUCAGUGCCACCGCCGUCACCCGGCUUUAGUGCAUCACCCGGUGCUCAUCCGCUGUGGGUGUUUCCUUCGUAUCUGGAGGCUUCCGAGAGCCCUGAGGUCCGAAGUGUCAGUGUCGCCUCUCCUCUGCGAAGAGGCAGCCUUGCAGUCCCCUAUGCGGCCCGAGGGCGCGGGAAUGGAGCUCGGCGGCUGCGAGGAGCGCCUGCUGGAGGAGAGCAGGCGAGAACACUGGCAGUUACUGGGUAAUUUGAAGUCUACAGUUGAAGGUUUGGUGUCAACCAAUAGCCCCAACGUCUGGUCCAAGUAUGGUGGCCUGGAACGGCUUUGCAGGGACAUGCAGAGCAUCCUCUAUCAUGGACUCAUCCAUGACCAGGUAUGUUGCCACCAGGCCGAUUACUGGCAGUUUGUGAAGGACAUUCGGUGGCUCAGUCCCCACUCAGCCCUUCAUGUGGAGAAGUUCAUCAGCUUGCACGAGAAUGGCCAAAGCAGCGCCGAGGCUGUGAGCGAGCGCGCCGUUGCGGAGUUGUGGCUGCAGCACAGCUUACAGUGUCAUUGCCUCUCAGCCCAGCUCCGGCCUCUGCUGGGGGACAGGCAGUACAUCAGAAAAUUCUACACAGAUACUGCUUUCCUGCUAAGUGACGCUCACGUCACAGCCAUGCUUCAGUGCCUGGAAGCAGUGGAACAGAACAAUCCUCGCCUUCUGGCUCAGAUUGAUGCAUCGAUGUUUGCUAGGAAGCAUGAGAGCCCACUGCUGGUGACAAAGAGCCAGAGUCUGACAGCGCUGCCUGGCUCCACACCCGCCGCUCUGACCAGCUACACUCAACAUUCCUACUUCGGGUCUUCUAGCCUCCACCAAUCCGUGCUGAACCAUGGCUCAGAGAGAAAAUCUGCUUCCUUUUCUUUCUCUGGCCCUUCCUGGAAACCUCAAGAAGGUAGAGAACACAUCCCACCAGCGGAGGAUCAAGCCGUUCAAGCCUCUCUGGUUCCCAUCUCUGCGUUAUCCAGGGAUUCCCCCUCUUCCCCAGAUGGGAUGAGCUCCAGUACUCUGACCAGCCCCCAGGAGCCAUCCUGGGUCAGCAGCCACAAUGAAUCCCUGAGCGAUGCCAGUGAGGGGCCUGAGUACCUGGCCAUUGGCAACUUGGAUCCCCGAAGCCGGACUGGCAGCUCUCAGAGUCACAGCAGCAACGCCGAGAGCAGCAGCUCCAAUUUGUUCUCUUCCAGCAGCUCCCAGAAGCCAGGUUCUGCUGCUUCUUCUCUAGGGGACCAGGAGGGAGGUGGGCAGAACCAGCUGUCUAGUGUCCUUCGCAGAUCCAGCUUUUCAGAAGGGCAGACACUCCCUGGUGUCACAAGUGGAACAAAGAAGAGUCACACUCGCUCGCAUUCGGAUACCAACAUUGUCUCCAGUGGAGCCCCAGAGUCCUGCAAUGAUAAGUCCAAGUUAAGAGGGCCCUUGCCCUACUCUGGCCAAAGCAGUGAAGUCAGCACACCCGGCUCACUGUACAUGGAGUAUGAAGGAGGUCAGUACCUGUGCUCGGGAGAAGGCAUGUUCCGACGGCCGUCAGAGGGGCAGUCCCUCAUCAGCUACCUCUCUGAGCAGGACUUUGGCAGCUGUGCAGACUUGGAAAAGGAGAACGCCCACUUCAGCAUUUCCGAGUCCUUGAUCGCUGCCAUUGAGCUGAUGAAGUGCAAUAUGCUGAGCCAGUGCCUGACGGAGGAGGAGGGGGAAGACAGUGACCAGGAGAUCCAGGAACUCAAACAGAAGAUCCGGCUCCGCCGUGAGCAGAUCAAGAAUCUGCACCCUGGAUACGGGGAGACGGAGCAUGGAAGCUUUCGAGUCACUUCGAGCAGCUCCCAGUUCAGUUCACGUGAUUCCACUCAGUUCUCUGACUCUGGCUCCGCUGAUGAGAUUGAUGAAUUGGAAAUCCAAGAUGCUGACAUCAGAAGGAACACAGCCUCAAGUAGCAAGACCUUCAUUUCCUCCCAAACCUUUUCCCACUGCUUCUUGAACUCCACGUCUGCAGAGGCAGUGGCCAUGGGGCUCCUGAAGCAGUUUGAGGGGAUGCAGCUCCCAGCCGCCUCUGAGCUAGAGUGGCUCGUCCCAGAGCACGAUGCUCCUCAAAAGCUCCUGCCCAUCCCCGACUCGCUGCCCAUCUCCCCAGAUGACGGGCAGCACGCUGACAUCUACAAGCUGCGAAUCCGUGUUCGCGGGAACCUGGAGUGGGCCCCACCCCGGCCACAGAUAAUUUUUAAUGUUCAUCCAGCUCCAACACGCAAGAUUGCCGUGGCCAAACAGAACUACCGCUGUGCGGGAUGCGGCAUCCGGACUGACCCUGAUUACAUCAAGCGGCUUCGAUACUGUGAGUACCUGGGCAGGUACUUCUGUCAGUGCUGCCAUGAGAACGCCCAGAUGAUCAUCCCGAGCCGGAUCCUGCGCAAGUGGGACUUCAGCAAGUACUACGUCAGCAAUUUCUCCAAGGACCUUCUCAUUAAGAUCUGGAACGAUCCGCUGUUCAAUGUACAGGACAUCAACUGUGCUCUCUAUAGGAAGGUUAAGCUGCUCAAUCAAGUCCGGCUGCUACGGAUCCAGCUGUAUCACAUGAAGAACAUGUUCAAGACAUGCCGACUGGCCAAAGAGCUGCUGGAUUCCUUUGACACGGUUCCGGGCCACCUGACAGAGGACCUGCACCUCUACUCCCUGAAUGACCUGACGGCAACCAGGAAGGGGGAGCUGGGGCCCCGGCUUGCUGAGCUCGCCAGGGCAGGGGCCUCUCAUGUGGAGAGAUGCAUGCUCUGCCAAGCCAAGGGCUUCAUCUGUGAAUUCUGUCAGAAUGGGGAUGACAUCAUCUUUCCUUUUGAGCUUCAUAAAUGCCGGACCUGUGAAGAAUGUAAAGCGUGCUACCAUAAAGCUUGCUUCAAGACUGGAAGCUGUCCCCGAUGUGAGCGCCUGCAGGCCCGGAGGGAGCUGCUCACCAAGCAGAGCCUGGAAUCCUACCUGUCAGACUACGAGGAGGAGCCCACGGAAGCCUUGGCCCUCGAAGCCACCGUCCUGGAGACCACCUGAAGAAAGCCCGUGCA